GGUCGGUUCCUCUCGGCCCGCGUGUCCUGCAGCGGCUGCCGGGCCCCGGUCGGUUCCUCUCGGCCCGCGUGUCCUGCAGCGGCUGCUGGGCCCGGGCCGUACAGGCCGCGGUGCCGCCUCCAGUGCAGGCAGCCCCGCGGGCCUCCGGAGUGCGGUGUGACCGUGUCCUGGUUCCCCAAGGGCCCUGUCGGGGCCGGGCUCCAUAGGGCGGGACGCGUAGAAUAAAACGUUCUCCUCGACUCCCGGUGCUCGCCGCGUGUACCCCAGCCCGCCCUCCCGUACAGUGCGCUCCGGACUCGGGGGCCUCGCCCUCGUGCUCGUGGUGCCGUCACUGCUGCCGGGGAUGCGCGGGCCCGGGAGCGUGGUUUGACACGGGUGCGGGUGGCAGCCGUCCUGCCGUGCUCCCUGCGUCCCCUUUGCGGGUGUAGCUGAAGGUGACCGGUGUUCCCGCAGCCCCUCUCCCAGCGGGAGAGCAGCCGCUCCUCUUGUGCGGACCAGGACCCGGUCCCGGCGGCAGCUCGUGAGUGACGGGGCUGCAUCACCACAGGGACCGGGGCAAGGAGCCGCCCUGCCGGGUUCGCCUUCCCGCCCCAGGCUCCGCCGCUGGUGAGGAACCUCACGAUUGCUCCCAAAGCCGAGAGCGUGUCUGGGAAAGCCCGAAAUCCGGCCAGCCCCCGCUGCGAGCUCCCUGGGCGGGGCGGAGCGACUGCUGCGGGAAACGAAACUGAAAGGGAGCUCGGAGCCAUCUUGGCGGCUGCUCGGUGCUGCUCCGUCCUGCGGGUCGGGGUUUCUUUUUUCCCCUGUGUUUUCUCAUAAAAUAAUUUAGCGUACGGAUGAGACUGAGGGCGGGAGAGUGUGCAGUGAGUGAGUGACAGCUCCUCUCCUGGCUCAUCGGCAGCCUGGUUCCCACGUGUGUCCCAGGAGUGCGCUAUGAUUAGAGGCGCUGGGCGAGGCAGAGGCUCGUAUCUUACCCAGUCAAGACAUAACUGCCCCAGCACUAAUCGAGGUUUUUUUAACCACCCUCGUACCUCACAAGAAACUAAUCAGGAAACCUUUUUACACCAGCAGUUCCUAACAGAGCAGGACGCUGAAGUCUCUGUGUUGCAGGGGCGGGGAUCACACAAGGAGUCGCGCACCAGAGGCAGGCGAGCUGCGGCACCGGCUCCUGCAGACAGAUGUCAGCCCAGCUUCAGCAGGGCUGGAGGGAGUAGGUUCUCCAGCCAGCAUCCGUGGGUUGAGACUUCGCCUCGGUAUUGCCCUCCACAGUACCAUCGUCAGGAGAACUCAAGGAGAGAUUCUGAUGCUGUGAGGCUGAAUUUCCAAAGACUGUCUCUUGCUGGGCAGGACUAUGAACAAGAAAUUCUGACUGUUUUCAGGCAGCUUGGGGAGGGGAGGACUUGCACGGCUAAUGAUCUCGCACGUAAACUUAAAACUCACAAGAAAGAGGUCAACCGUGUUUUGUAUAAACUCCUCAGAGAAGGCAAGUUGCACAAAGGGGAAGAGACACCGCCGCUGUGGAGAGUUGCCAGCCUCAGCUCAGGGAGAGAAAGAAGCCCUGCUGACUGCAGUGCCAGUUGCACAGAUCUGGCUUGUGAGAGCAGAGGAGGUGAGCGGAGCACGCUUGGCUCAGGAGACCCAGACAUGGCUGAGACAAAGGAGAAAAUCUGCAACUACUUGUUCAGUGUGGUGGAAACGACGGCACUCAAUCUUGCCAAAAACAUUGGGUUUUCAAGGGCCAAGGACGUUAACGCGUUUCUUAGCGCUCUGGAAAAGCUGGGAGAUGUCCACAAGCAGAACGCAACUCCACCACGAUGGUCCCUGACAGACAGGAAACGCAAGAGGAUGCAGAUGAGGCUGAAGGCCAGCACAGUAAUGCAGAUGGCAGAUCCCAAACCUCCUGAGUCGGGUCUUCCCUCUUCCUUUGUCCCUCCAUGUCCCCAGGAGAUGACUGCAGCUUCACCAGCAGUGAUGGCAUCAGAAGAAGAAAGUGUAGUCAAUGGGCAGCAGCUUUUGGGGCAAGCUUGUCAGGGAAAUGUCAAUGACACAGAAGCAGAUGCAUCUGAGGACACUAAGCUGGAAUUCUCCAGUUUGAGUAAUUAUGAUAACUCGGAAAACAGCAAGUGGACCACAGAUGAUAUCCCAGAUAAUCUGAAUGCUAUCAACAAGCAGCCUGAUAAGUCAGAAAGCAUCAUGAAUUCUCAAGCUUCCCCCAGUUAUGCUGCCCAGUUCGAAACUUUUCCAUGUACGCCUGUAGAGAAACUGAUAGCUUGUCGGGAGAAGAACCCAGUGAGUGGCCUUACUGAAUAUUCCCAGUACACGUACCAACACUGUGAUUUCAUCAUGCUGGAGCAGAAUGGACCCUCUCAUGAGCCACGGUUUAAGUUCCAGGCAGUGAUUAAUGGACGCCGAUUCCCACCAGCAGAAGCAGGGAGCAAAAAACUGGCUAAACAGGAGGCAGCAGCUAAUGCAAUGAAGGUCCUGAUGAGUGAAGCGGAGAACGGAAGGCAUGGUGGAAUUAAAUGUGAAGAGCAGUUUCCCUCUGACAGCUCAGAACCAGAAUUGCCUUUGCAGCUGGAGCCAGAGCUGCCAUCUGCAGCAGCUCACCUCAGCCUGCUUCCUGGGAAGCACCCUAUCAGCAUAUUAAUGGAGUAUGGUCAAAAAUCAGGGAACAUAAUUGAAUUCCAGCUGCUCUCUCAGGAAGGCCCACCUCAUGAUCCUAGGUUCAGCUACUGUGUGAAAAUGGGUGACCAAAUUUUCCCUGCUGUGGUAGGAAACAGCAAGAAGGGAGCAAAGCAAAUGGCAGCAGAAGUUGCUGUGAAGAUUCUUUCUGGAGAGUCUGUACCCCAUGUCUCGCCUGAACAGCCUGCUGUGAAGCCCCACAGUGACCAGUCCAUGCACAAUAUUGGCACUCCAGAUGAAUCCAAGGUGGUGAAAACGAAGGGUGUAGGGGAGCUCAUCAAGUAUCUUAACGUCAAUCCUGUUAGUGGCCUGCUGGAGUAUGCCCGUUCCAAUGGGUUUGCUGCAGAGUUCAAACUCAUUGACCAGUCAGGACCUCCCCAUGAUCCCAAGUUUGUCUAUCAGGCAAAAGUUGGAGGCCGCUGGUUCCCAGCUGUAACUGCACACAACAAAAAGCAGGGCAAGCAGGAGGCAGCUGAUGCAGCGCUCCGAGUCCUCAUUGGGGAAUCGGAGAAGACUGAGCACAUGGAAGGGAUGAACACCACUGAGCUCCCUGUGAGCGGCAGCACCCUACACGAUCAGAUGGCCAUGCUGAGCCACCAGCGCUUCAACAGCCUCACUGCCCGCAUCCAGCACAGCCUGCUCGGGCGCAAGAUCCUGGCUGCCGUCAUCAUGCGGAGAGGAAACACGGGCUUGGGAGUGGUGGUCAGCAUCGGAACGGGUAAUCGCUGUGUGAAAGGAGAGGAGCUAAGCUUGAAGGGGGAGACAGUAAAUGACUGUCAUGCAGAAAUCAUUUCUCGAAGAGGCUUUGUGAGGUUUCUUUACAGUGAGCUGAUGAAGUAUGACCCGUCUAAUCCUUCCUCUGCGGAAGAGAGCAUUUUUGAGCAAGCAGGAGGAAAGAAACUCAAAAUAAAGAGCAGUGUUACCUUUCACCUCUACAUCAGCACAGCACCAUGUGGAGACGGAGCACUCUUUGAUAAAUCCUGCAGUGAUCAGGCAAACGAGAUGGGGCAACCCCAGCACCAGCCUCUCUUUGAGAACCCCAAGCAAGGCAAACUGCGGACCAAGGUGGAGAAUGGGGAAGGUACCAUUCCCGUGGAGUCGAGUGACAUUGUGCCCACAUGGGACGGGAUCCAGCAUGGGGAACGGUUACGAACCAUGUCCUGCAGUGACAAAAUCUUACGCUGGAAUAUACUUGGCUUGCAAGGGGCAUUGCUGUCACACUUCCUGGAGCCAGUUUAUCUCCGCUCUGUUACACUCGGUUACUUGUACAGUCAGGGUCACUUGACCCGUGCCAUCUGCUGCCGCAUGGAGAGGGAUGGGAACACGCUGAAGGAAAAGCUCCAGGCUCCAUAUCACAUUAACCAUCCUGAGGUCGGGCGAGUCAGCGUGUAUGACUCUGCAAGGCAGACGGGCAAGACGAAGGAGUCAUCGGUGAAUUGGUGUCUUGCUGAUGAAAGCGAAGUUGAAGUCUUGGAUGGCACCAAAGGGAAAGUAGAUGGUGUGAAGCUGGAGGUGUCUCGUGUGUCCAAGAGGAAAAUGUUCACCCUGUUCCAGCAGCUCUGUGCAAAGAACAACCGCAAAGACCUGCUGAGCUUCUCUGUGUACUCGGAUGCCAAAGAGGCAGCCACAGCAUACCAGGCAGCCAAGCAGUGCUUCUUCAGCACGCUGGAAGAGCUGGGCUAUGGCAGCUGGAUUCGCAAACCCCAAGAGGAAGACAGUUUCUCUGUCCCUGAUGCGUAAUGAAGCACUCUGUGAGGAGUGGGGGUGAAUGUGCGCAGGCGUAUGCAUGGCUGUGCUCAUCCUUCUUUCACCAAGUUUUUGGAGUGGAAUUGGGACUGUGCAGCAGUUUCCUCAUAGGCCCGGCUGCCUUCUCCCUACAUUUUUAAAAUGUGCAUGUAAAUGAUUCUCCUUCUUUUUAAGCAAGGGCAGGCUCAGUCCCCAUUUGCUUUUUUAUUGUUUUGUCCCCCUUUUUUUGUUUUUAAAAGAAGGCAUGAGAAACCAGAGGAAUUUUCAAGACUGUGAGCUUGAAACCUUUGGACCAUGUACUGCAAAUCCCUCUGGCAGGUUUUAAGGUAAAUUUUCUCCUUUGAGAUUAAAAAAAAAAAUCAGGCUCUUUGA